AAUUGGGUCACCGCAAAAACGCGCUGUUUCCUGCUGCGGUGAAGCGUCGCUGCAGGGCCUGCUAGAGUUCAAUUGUUGGCUCUUCCUUGCCUGUCUUCCUCGGUAAUUCCAACGUUCGAGUCCAUUAAGGGGCGGAUGCUUUAGACGCUUGUGCCAUCAAAGAACCAUCCGAUGCAUUUCAACAGAGGACGCGUGAACGCGUUGAGAAAGUGAACACCGCCAGUGAGGUUGAGUCUGAAGGAUUGCUUAAGCGAACUCAUUGGCUGUGUUUGACUUAGGCACACCACAACUGUGCCUCAAGCGGGCAACAUCCUCAAGACUUCACUCAAUUCCUUCAUUGCUUAACUCCGUAGUACGGGGUUUAGUAUGCCCAAACUCUGUCUUGAACAAACUUCCCAAGUUCUCAAAACACCUCACCACUAGUCUAUCAACUCCUACCAUUAAGGAGCAUGGUCGUUAGGCAGGAGGGCGAAUCCGCAAAAUUGUACUUUGGAAAUUUGCUUUUUUACGACUACCUCAGAUACAAGAGGCACCCUGUGUUCCUCAACCGGAAUCUCAGAAGGGCUCUGGAAUUGCAUGACAAGGAGGUCGAGACAAGCCAAAAUCAAACUCACCCCAACAUUCCGCCAGCCGGAUACGAACAUAUCGAUCGCCUUUUCUGGACGAUGCCUUCCACCGAAAUGAUGAGAAAAGAGGAGGCCAAGAAGGCGCUAGUUAUCGAGGUCAGGGGUAUGGUUCCCGAAAAUGCCAAAGGAGUAGUCGAUCCAACAAAAUCAAGUCCGUCCAAGAAGAAAGUCCCUCUUUUCCGAACAGAAACCCAACUUAUGUACUCAAUAUGGAGCCCUAAAAGUUCGUCAUUUCGGAAGACUUUCCAAGACUUCAGCGCGACCAUUGUCGGGACACAGACCAAUCGAGGAACCAAGAUUGUUGUGAACACCAGCAAGGAAAUUCGAAUUGGACUGGACGAUCUCUUGGUUCUUUCACCUGGAGAUUCUUGGAGAAAGGGCAUGGCAGACCGCUAUGGGCUCCAAAUAAGCAUUAAUUUCAGCUCUUCCGUGCAUGUUGAUGAAUUGUUUUCACACCUGGAUAUCAAGGAUUCGUCCUUGCGAGAGGAUCCACCCACUCGCUUGAUUGCGAAAUGGGACAACGUUUUAAAUUGUCCCGAAGAAGAGCAACUUCUGCCACUUUUUUACAGAGAUUCAGAACGUAGUGAAUUAAGGAAGCUUGGCGUCGGGGUGAAGGUCUACAUGCGUUGGAAAACCCCCACAGGCGUAUCGACCCUAGCUACUGCAAACCAGAGACUCAAAACGUCCCUGCGAAGUAAGCAGAGACAAGUCGUAGGCCAAGCACGAUAUAUACCACCAGAAACAAGCCCGGUCCGCCAAAAGCUAGCGAUCACGUAUGUCUUUGCCAAAGAAACACUGAAGCUUUACGGCCCUGUGUGCCCUCACUGUCACCGCAAAGAUUUUCAAACUUUCGAAGACCUACGAAUGCACUUCGACAGUUACCAUGACUUCUUCAGAUACCGAGUAAAGAUGGAGAAAGAAACUGCGAGCACCCAACACUGGCGACUCGAAUGCGAUGUGGCCAAUCACAAAGCCAACACACGAGCGAGCGAUAGGGCACCAGACCCUCGGGGAAUUCUGGUUGUCAAGCCAAAGAGAGCCUUUAACAAGAAAAAAUAUUUAAAUGAAGGAAACAAGGACUUUCAGAAAGAAGCAAGACUCCAAAAAACAAAGGCAUGGUCUUCCAAGACUGUGGUGCCAGUCCCUUUGCAUGAAAGGCGCAAGAAACCCGAAGAUGUUCCUGUGAAGCCAAAAACAGCAAGGAAAAAGUUUCUCUACAAGGUGCCAAAGGCUCCUCCGGGAAUUACUCUGUUCAGGACGAUCACAAAGAGGCCUUUGGUGGAAGGAGAGUGGGUCGAUGAGAGCGACGAUGAUCCUGAUGUGACUUGGCUAGAUAUGAAGAAAGAGACUGUCAUUCUGAAUGAUCCAAACAUUCCAGAACAAACAAAACGCGUACUUAUCGCGUUUGAUCGUCACAUGCGAGAGGAACAGCUCCAAGGUGAGAUACAUGUGGGUGACGCGCUCAUGCGUUUCACCCGCCUGAAUCUCAAAUGGCUCAUUCAGGAAAACCUUGACCCAAUAUUCAUAGACAAAGUCGAUGAGCUUUCUAGUGAUGGCCUCAUUUCGGGGGAUAUUUACCAAGCACUCAUCGGAAUAAUCCAAUUCUUCACCCGGGAAAGGCUUCGAAAGAGUUCUCCCCACUCAGACAGCAUCUACCGGAAACCUUCGCAAAUGCUGAUAAAUGGAUUUGAGGAUAUGAUAGCAAGUGUUGAAGGAUCGAAUCUUGAAGAAACAAAGAGCCAGCGAGACAAAGAGCAGGGUCUAUCAACCAACAACAUCCGGGAAUCUGUCGCUGUCAAGGGCAAGCGCAAGGGCAGAGCGAAAGCCACUCGCUCAGCAGUUCAGGGCGCAGACUCAGACGGCGACAUCGAAAUGGGAGACGCAGACACCCCUGUGAGCCCCUCCACCAAGAGAUCAGAGACACCCCCUAUUCCAUACGACGAAUGCCUUUGUGGGGAAGGAGCCUUCUGUUCAUACAACACCACAAAGCCUAUCAUUUGGUGUAACAAUCCUGACUGUGUCCGCCACGCCUUCCAUAUCGAGUGCGUGACCGGUAGGUGGGCCCCCAAAGAAAAGUUGGAUCCCAAACGAACAGACUGGUUCUGUCAAGAUUGUGAGCUAGAUCCCGACGUCGACACAGGAUCUGUCUCAGGAUUCACAGAGGCAAAGGGAGAAUGAUAUAACUGAUUUGGAUCUUUUUGGCAUGUUUUGGUUUGGUGGCUCACGAAGCAAGGCGUUUAGUGAGCUUUGGCGAAUUAGGAUCUAUCUGUUUCAAACACAUUUCUUGCUCUACUGGC